ACGACCUAGUAAUAUUAGCAAAUGGCAAACUAGUAAUAUCCCCAAAGUAGAAGAGAUGUCAGCACUGAUGAAAGAAAAAUUUCUAAAGUACUGGAAAGACACUCAUGGUCUUAUGGCAAUUGCUACUGUUCUAGAUCCUCGGUACAAAUUGCAAUUCCUGAAUGCUAUGUUUGAACAAAUUUAUGGACAUACAUGGUUCAAUGAAGUGAAGAAAGUUAGGGAUUUGCUGUAUGAUUUGGUGUUGGAAUACCAAGGUUUUAUGGAAGGUGUUGGCACAACAGAUGGUGUUGGUACUUCUAGCAAUAACAGUAGCAGUAGUACUGUGGGAAGUGGAGAUAAAGCAGUAGUUGACAUAUUUGAUAGAUAUUUGUCUUCCCAACCAAUAGUCUCAACUACUUAUGUGCGCACAGAAUUGGAUUUGUACUUGGAAGAGCCAUUGUGGCCAAGAACAACAGAUCUAGACAUUAUUCAUUGGUGGCAGUAUGCAGGGAUGAAAUAUCCUACUUUGCGAAACAUUGCUCAAGAUAUCUUGGUUAUUCCUGUAACAACAGUUGCUUCAGAAUCAGUUUUUAGCACUAGUGGGAGAAUUAUAAGCCCGAGUCGCAGCAGACUUGCUCCAAAAAUGGUGGAAGCAUUAAUGUGUAUGCAAGCUUGGUCACAUGCUGAAAUGUUAGGGCCUGAGUCUCCUGUUAUGAAUGCAUUGCUGACAUGUCUUGAUGAUGAAGAAGAAGAAAUGGAUGCACCUGAGUCGGACAUUAUUGAUUGAUGCUUGCCCAUGGGAGCAAUCUGAUGUGGUGGUGCUGCAUGCUGACCUGCUGGGAGUGUUGUCAUGGUGCUGUUGAAGUACUUGUGAACUUGAAAUAAAAUGACUGUACUAGUUAUCCCUAUGUGGCUAUGUCGAUUAUUCAAUGUAUUGUAACACUUAAUUGUUGAUUUGUGGUGCUACUAGUAUGCUGAAUUGUGAUUUGUGACCUUGAA